AUGUACCGAAGUCCCACGCUGUUGAUCGUCGGCGCCCUUGAACGCGUUUGCUUAUUUGUUUGUUUAUUUUUCUCUCCUUCCUCCCAGCACGCCGGCGGCGGUGUUCUUGCAGGCGAAACAGCCACCCCCGUCCCCGGAAACCCGCCCAAGCUAGCAGAUCCCCUCGGAACCUUCAGCGCCGCAGCCGCCGCCACCGCCGCCUCUGCCGCCUUCCACGCCGCCCCACCGUCCUCCGUGGGCCCCGCGGGAACGGCGCCGCUCCCGCAAGACGUGCCUGCUUCUUCCCAGCUGGCGGCGGCGGCGGCGGCGGCGGCUCUGCACCAGGUCCCGGCCCCGUCUCACGGCCCGGCCGAGACGACGAUUGCGGCGAUGCCUAAUCCCCCCCCAGCAACAGUAGCAACCGCCGGCAUCGCCUUGCCCGCAAGCGCUGCCGCCACGGCCGCCGCCGCCGCGCCAGCAGCUACGGCGACGGCGGCGACGGCGCCGGCGCCGGCACCGGAGGCUUCGAUGAAGGCGGCGGAAGAAGCGGCGGAGGCCGCGGCGGCGAUGGCGGCGGCCAUGGUGGAGCAGCAGACGGGCGGGGUGAUCGACGUGGGCGCGCCGCCGGACAUGUUGUUCAAUCCGGCGGCCGCGGGCGGCGACGGCGACGGCGGUGGCGGUGGCAGCGGAGUAGCCCCUCCUCCCGCCGUAAACGUAAUAUCUCCCAGCUCUUUCACGAUCCCGGGCGUGCCUCCGGCGAUGGACACGCCUCCCACGACAACGGAAGAAACGGCGGCGGGGGCGCAAACGGCUCCGGUGACGGCGGCGGAGGCAGCGCCGCCGCCGGCGGCGCCGGCGGCUGAGCCGGACUCGAUCGACGUGGGGACGACGCCGGACUAUCCCCCGCACGUCGAGCUGCAGAUGAGGGAGCAGCACGAGCGGGAGCGGGAGAAGCACCACCUGGCGGAGCAGGUGCGCUCGGCCGCGGCGACGGCGGCGGCGACGGCGGCGGCGGCGAAAGCGGCGGCGACCAAGGCGGCGGUGGAGCAGGCGCUGGCGGCGGAGGGCGGGGGUGCGGUCGGGGGUUACCAGGGGUUCGGCGGCGCCGGAGGCGGAGGUGGGUCCUCCUUGCCCCCGAUGCCGUACGGGUUGCCGGCGUCUCGAGAGCAGGCGGCGGCGGCGGUGGCGGCGAUUGCCGCCCGACAGGAGGCACUGGCAUCCGGCGCCCACCCUAAGAUCCCCAUGUGA